AUGACAUCUUCAACAUCUUUAAAUCACACCAAUCUCAGAGACAUCUGGUAUACCAUGACUGGCAUCCCAGGACUAGAAGAUGUACACAUUUGGCUCUCCAUCCCUAUCUUUUGUAUGUACAUUGUAGCUGUUGUAGGCAAUACAUUCCUAAUAUUGCUGAUCUCCACUGAGCGUAGUCUUCAUGAACCCAUGUACUUUUUCCUAUCUAUGUUGGCUCUGGCCGAUAUCUUCUUAUCCACAGUGACUAUUCCAAAGGUAUUAGCAAUCUUCUGGUUCCAAGCUGGAGGCAUUUCUUUCGCUAGCUGUGUGUCUCAGAUGUUUUUUCUCCACUUCAUCUUUGUGACAGAGUCUGGUAUUCUGCUCUCCAUGGCAUUUGAUCGUUAUGUGGCCAUCUGCUAUCCACUAAGAUACACCAACAUUCUAACCCCAUCUGUCAUCAUCAAAAUGGGCAUUGCAUCAGUAACGAGAAGUUUCUUCAUCUGCUUCCCCCUGAUCUUUCUUGUUUAUAGACUCACCUAUUGUGGGAGGAACAUCAUUCAUCACUCAUACUGUGAACACAUGGGCAUUGCCAGGUUGGCCUGUGACAGCAUCAAAGUCAAUAUUUACUAUGGUUUGGUGGUAGCUCUAUUUUCUAUAUGUCUAGAUGUAGUACUUAUUAUUGUCUCAUAUGCUCUCAUACUUUGUUCUGUGUAUAAAAUACCUUCCCAAGAUGCCAGACUGAAGGCUCUGAGUACAUGUGGCUCUCAUGUCUGUGUCAUCCUGUUGUUUUAUACCCCAGUUUUCUUUUCUUCCCUCGCUCACUGGUUUGGAGGUGACAGCAUACCAUUGCAUGUUCACAUCCUCCUUGCUAACCUCUAUGUGGUUCUACCACCCUCCCUCAACCCCAUCAUUUAUGGAGUAAAGACCAAGCAAAUUCAGGAGAAAGUUGUUCAGUUUUUUUCUAUGAACAAGGUAAUUUGUUGA